AUGAGUUCAAACAACCCAUCCCACACCUGGGACAAAGAACCCAAAGUGUCUUCCGUGACCACCACCUGUACCGCUGGAUCUUCCGGCUUUGGUACCUCUGGCUCUUUUAGUUCAACCUCUGGGGAAAUUGGAGGGACAGCACCUGCUCCCGGAACGAUCACUGUCACCACUACCAUCACUAUUGCAUUUACGCCGGCUAAUUCAACGAAGCCAGCAUUUAUGUCGAGUUUGCAGCUCGGUUUCCACUCGCGAAAUUCAGUUGGUGUUCAUGUUGCUCCGACUCCAACGACUCCGGUUCUACCAUCGAAAUCGGCCGUGGCAACGGCGGCGGUGGUUCCUCUUCCUUCUCUGGCGGUUCCUCAGGCGGUUCCUCCUCAGGCGGUGGUUCUUCCUCGUCUGGAUCGGGCUCAGGCUCCAAGUUCAGGCUCCACUCAUGUGUGGGAAACGAUUGAGACCACUACCGAGGUGAUUGAGACGUACACGGAAACGGAAUGGGGGGGUAAGGGUUCCUCGGGCAAGAGUGGGAAGCGUUAG